UUUCGUACCGCUUGAAGACAAAGGUAAAAAAAAAUAGUUUCUCAGUCCCCAUCCUUACUUCCAUUAAACUUGUUAGAUCUCUUUCUCUUCAAAACCUCAACGGUCAUUUUUCUUCCAUCGAAGCUUUUCUUCUGAUUCCAAGCAAAAUGUUCAGCGUUCUCUCUUUCUGGCUCUUCAUAUUCUCUCUGGUUUCACCGCAAACCGUCACGGCCCAAAACGGGGUGGUGGUGCAGACGGAGGUAUGGUGCGUAGCCAAGAACAACGCGGAGGACGCCGCGCUGCAAGGCGCAAUUGACUGGGCUUGUGGCGAGGGCGGUGCCGACUGCGGCCCUAUCCAGAAAGGCGGACCCUGCUAUGAUCCGACUGAUAUUCAAACAACCGCCUCCUUUGCUUUCAAUGAUUAUUACUUGAAGCACGGCUUGACUGACGAUGCUUGCUACUUUCAGAACACUGCUGCGCUCACUUCCCUCAACCCUAGUCAUGGUAAUUGCAAGUUCCCUUCAAGCAAGACAAUGAGCAAUGGGACCAUAUCCGGAUCGCCAACAAUUAUAGAUAUGCAGCCACAUACUUCCGAUUUUAGUGGUUGCAACCACAUUUCGAGUUCAUGGUUUUGGACAUGGAUUAUCGGUGUCACGAUUACACGAACAAUUCUACUAGACUAGAUAUCAAAAAUUUGAUUCUCCAUUCUUGAUGGAACCACUUCGAAUAGUUGAUUUUGUUUAGCCUCAUUAAGAUCAUGUUUCUAAUUGUGACAUAGCUAUGCCUCUUGUUUUUGCAGUCCAAGUGGACAUUGUUGUUGCCUUUCCUCGUGGAUUUUAAUUGAGAUUAUUCUUUGUUUCUCGGAA